CACACGAUAUCGGUGAAAAAGUAACACAAAAUGACCACAAUGCUAGAGCUAAAAACCACCUACGAUGCAGAGGAGAAACUAUGGCGAGGACCUCAAAAGAAAAGACUCUUUAAUGAUGAAAUGUCUGUGGGAGAAGUGGCUUUGUAUAUCAUGCGUGGCAAAAAUCCGGAAGAUGUCAUGCAAAUUUCCGAUACCGAGGGCACAACCAUGACCUACGGUACUGCUUUAACAACGGCCAUACGUAUUGCUCAACACUUUAAGAAAAUGCAGCUAACAGCUGAUGAUGUUGUGGGUAUUUUUGCUCCAAAUACCUUGUAUGUGACACCGGUGGCUGUGGCCGCCUGGUUUAAUGGUACUCCAUUUCAGGCCACAAAUUGUACAUUUGAAACAAGUGUGGUGAAACAUAUUUAUGAUUUUAUUCAGCCCAAGGUAAUAUUCUGUGAUGGCCAGUAUUAUGAGAAGGUCAAAAGCGCUUCAGAGUCUUUUAAACCUUUAAUAUAUACUUUGUGUAAUCAUUUGGACAAUGUACCUAAGUUGGAAGACCUACUGGAGCCUACAGUUACAGAGCACUUUUUCUUGGCUCAACCUUUGACAUAUGGUCCCAGUCAGACUAUGGCCAUUAUGGUUUCUUCCGGCACCACUGGUUUACCCAAAGGAGUUUGUGUUUCUAAUAGAACCUGCUCAGUCGAUUUUGGCUUCUCCAAUGGCUCUUCUACUUUAUUUUCAACGAGUACCAUUGAUUGGUCCACCGGUCUCUUCACCUUAAUAGCAAAUGUUUUAGUGGGUGGCCGCAGACUUUUGACCACUAAACCUCUAACACCGGAAUAUUUACUUGAUUUAAUUGUCAAAUAUAAAAUCAAUUUUCUAGCUACAAAUCCUGAAAUUAUGCUGCAAUUAAGCUUAUUACCCAAUUACAACUCAAAGACCAUGCAAAGUGUGCGCUUGAUUUUUAUGACUGGCGCCUUUUGCUCAGAAGCCACUCUAAAACGUAUACGUUCCGCUUUAGCAAUGGGUGUUUUGAUUUAUGCCUACGGCAGCACCGAAUUUGGUGGUAUUGCGGCGAAUUUGGCGGAAUAUAAAUCUAAGUCUCCUGGUAAAAUUGUUUACAACGUUCAGGUGAAGAUUAUUGAUCCCGCCACUGGCGAACGUUUGGGUCCCAAUCAAAUAGGAGAAAUAUGUGCCAGUCAUGGUAGUCGCUGGUUGGGUUACUAUAAAAAUCCCGAGGCCACAAAGAACAUGGUUGAUGCGGAAAAUUUCAUACUCACCGGUGAUUUGGGUUACAUCGAUGAUGAGCAUUAUUUGUAUUUAACGGGUCGUAGUAAAGACAUUAUGAAAUUCAAAGGCUUCCAAUAUUCUCCCCAAGUGAUUGAGGAUGUUAUUGUAGAGAUGCCUGAUGUUAUAGAUGUUUGUGUAUUUGGAGUAUUCGAUGAGUUGUUAUAUGAUGUUCCUGCAGCAGCUGUUGUGAAGCGUGAGGGCAGUUCAUUGAGUGCUAAUGAGAUCAUGGAAUAUGUUCGUAGUAAAAGCGAAAUGCCUCAAAAACAAAUACACUAUGGUGUGUUCUUUGUAAAAGAAUUACCUAGGAAUCAUAAUGGUAAACUAUUGAGGAAUAAAAUUAAAGACAUGUGUUUGGCCAUGGAGACGGAAGAAGGAAAUGGGAAGUAGAUUUGUUUUAAAGGAAAUAUAUAUGAAAUGUAAACUUCUAUGUAAAUA